AGGGAGGGGAGGGAUGAACCAGUCAGAGCGCGUAGAAAGCGAGCCUCUCAGUUGCAGGCUAGCCGUUCAGUCUGCCUGUGCCCUGCGCGUGCUGUGGGAGGCUUCACCGGCUCCACUCUUAGUUUAGCAACACGCACACACAUACACACGCGUGUGCACGCAGCUCUCUGUGUAUGCGUGCGUGUGUGUGUCAAAGGCAUGUUACCAACCAACCAGCCAGCAGCAGCAGCAGAAGCAUGAAUCCUCUUCUUCUGUUCUCCUCUCCUUAUCCCCCCUCUUCCAAAACGACUCCUGCGCCCAAGGGAGACUGCGCCCCGCCGACGGACUCUAUCCUAAGCCCGCACGCUCGCGUAAGGACCGGCGUCUCCUCCUCCCUGUAAGAAAUGGGAAAUGCCUCUGAUAUUGAAUUGUUUGUGUCCAAAAUAUCCAAGGAGAGUGACUACAUUCUGGCCUCCAUCUACACCCUCUUUGGUGUCAUGUCUCUGAUGGGGAACAGCAUCCUGCUGUUUGUGGCCUACCGGAAGAAGUCCUCUCUGAAGCCGGCCGAGUUCUUUGUCAUCAGUCUGUCCAUCAGUGACCUGGGCAUGACCUGCACUCUGUUUCCCUUCGCCAUCCCCUCUGCUUUAGCAAAAAUGUGGCUGUUUACUGAGCCCAUGUGUAUGGUCUAUGCCUUCUGUGGUGUCUUCUUUGGCCUGUGCAGUCUGACCAACCUGACUGUCCUCUCAUCCGUGUGCUGGCUCAAAAUCUGCUGCCCCAACUACGGCAGCAAGUUCUCACCGCGGUACGCUUGCCUCCUGGUGUUAUGCUCGUGGUGCUAUGCGCUGAUCUUCGCCGUGGGGCCCGCGACCGGGUGGGGGGAGUAUGGCCCUGAGCCCUACGGCACGGCCUGCUGCAUCAACUGGCAUCUACCACACACCAACAAGACGGCGAUGAGCUACAUCAUCUGCCUCUUCCUCUUCUGCUACAUAGUGCCCUGCUCCGUCAUCUUCCUCUCUUACCUCUUCAUCCUGCUGACGGUGCGCGGCGCCCAAAAGGCUGUGCAGCAACACGUCUCACCCCAGAACAAGAUCACCAACGCCCAGACGCUUAUCGUCAAGCUCUCCGUGGCGGUGUGCAUUGGCUUCCUGAUGGCGUGGAGUCCUUACGCACUGGUCUCCAUGUGGGCAGCGUUCUGCAGCUCAGAUGAUAUCCCCCCCAUAGCGUUUGCGGUGGCGGCCAUCUGUGCCAAGUCCUCCACCCUCUAUAACCCUAUGGUCUACUUGAUAUUCAAGCCCAACUUCCGCAGACUCGUAUGCCGGGACGCUACUCUCUGUUGCCAUGUCAUGUGCCAUUGCCUGGGCCCGCCCGAACCAGCCCCGAAGGAAUCGUGCGAGUUGUCGCGGCGCAAGGGGAUCAAGGAGGACGGCAACUCCACACGGCAGUCCAACGGGCUGCCUGAGACGCAUGUGGCCUGCAGGCACUGCCCCGAGGGCAAUGCCGGCCAAUGCCUGGACGUCACACCACUCAGGACUGCCCGGAUCCUCACCGGCUCCAUCAACCGCGAGAUGGCAGUCAGCCAGCUUUCCAACGACCACAGCGACUUCCUGUAGCGCUGGAGAGAGGGCUUGUGGGAUAUGGGAAAAGGUGUGAGGGUGGGGGGGGGGGGUUGGCAGGGA